UUUUAAUGAAGCAAGAUUCCUUAAGAAACAAGAAAGAGUCAUUCAAGAAAAUGACUCUUGGACAGGAUUCUUUCAAAAAUUGUCAAUUAGGCCAAACCAAAAUCCGACAAAAUCAACAAAAUGAGCAAGAGAAUAUAAGAAAUCCUCUGUCAUCGAAGCACUCAAACGUCGGUAUGAGGGAGCUUAAGCUCCCUCAUACCGACGAAGAGAGUCCUGCUUGUUUCCAAGGAAUUCAGGAGUUUACAAAGUAUGAUUUUGAUCAAUAUGAGCGGUACAUAAACUCACAAGGUCUUGAUAUACGCAUUGGCCCAUAUAACCAAGGCUUUUUGAUGGAUAGAAUGUCUGGGGAUAAAACCCAUAGUACACAAUUAGCAAGCAGCACUAAAUAAAUCUAAGAGAAACUCUUCUCUAAUUAUGAAAAAUAAUGCUGAAAAAUUCAUUGGUCAUUUAACCAAUUUUCAGAAAACGAGGGAAAGGAAUGCAGUUAAUGAAGUCAGAUGGAUAGGAAUGAAGACUAUUAAAUCUGGAGGCACUAAAAAUAGCAACUUUUAUCAACUUAACCAAACCACCCAUCUGUUUAAGCAGAAGAAUCAUCAAGAAUUAUGUCAAACUUCUGAUAAUACUCAAGAAUUUAUUGGAAAAGUUAAUGAAGCCAACAAACGGAGCAGAAGUGCUCUGUCAAAAGGGAAGCUUGAAGGCACUCUUUGUGUCAUGGGACUCAACAACUCAGGUUUUGCAAGCACUCAUGUCCCUGAAAAGAUGAACAUGGUUUGUGAUUUUCAUAAAGAAAAUGCCAUCCGCUACAAGUAUCUCCAAGAGCAUCUAAAGAAGAUAGAUCAGAAGAAUAAGACCAAAAUGAGAAGGAAGAUCUCUCCAUUUUGGGUUCAAAGUAAAAAGUAUAACUCACUUGAAUGCAAGAAAUUAAGUUUGAAGGGAGACAAGUUGAUCAGAACACCGAAUGUUUGAACUGGUGAAAAGAAUGAAGAAAAUGAAGCCCUUGAGAACCACUUAGACAGAUCUCUCGAUCGUGAAGAGAGCCGUAGAGGAAUCCAAAAUAGUAUUUAUAAUGAGACUGCAGAUUAUGAAACCCAGUUUUCAAAAACACAACAGAAUUUUCACCCAAAAAUGAACGAAUGCUUGAAUUUAAGUUCGAAUCACAACUCAAAUUUGAUAAGCAAGGAUCUGACAGUUAGGCCUAAGCCUCUUGGAGUUACUGAAAUAAAGAGAGAAAGAAAGACGGUUUCAAGACUUCAAAAAGGUAAAGCUUCUGCUUUGGGAAAGAAAAUAAGAAAUAAUGAAGCUAUUCAUACGAAUGUUUUGAUUCCACAGAGAAAGAGUAAUUCAAUGAUUCCUAAGGAUGAGAAGUUCCAGUACCAAAGGGCACAUUCUAACUAUAGUGGAUCACCUGAGCUCAAAGAAAGAGCUCCCGAGAUUAGCAAUUUGAACAAAAAGACUUUCAUUAGUCAUAUGAAUAUAGUUGAUCUGUCCCAAUUCGAAAAAUAAAAGCGCUAUUAUGCACGUUGAAAUAACUCCUUCAAAGAAGGCAGUCAAAGAGUCUACCUUGCAGAUAAAAAACACCAAUGAUAUCGCAUUAAUUGAUUCACAUAAUAAAAGAAGCACUCGAAAUAAGGCUGAAACACAGACUUUUAAUGGAUCUUCCUUUAAGACUAAUGCAAAGAAUAAAAUCAAGGGAAUCUCGCAUUUUUCCAUCCACACUCCUGCCAAAAGUUCUCCUUUAAACAUUAUCGAAUCUAAAUAACUUAUUUCCUGGGGCCUUAUCAACUGUUUAUAAGGAUUCAAAAGAGAAUAGUAGCACUACAAUCCCAUCUCCCUUAAAAACUUUCUUACAAAGUAAACUGAUCCAAGAAUCUCGCAAAUGAGCAAAGAAGACUCAGGAGAUAAAGGUCAAAAUUAUUCAUAAGCAACAUGCUAGUUUUAACAAAAGUAAGAAUAAGAACGAACUUUGCUUGAAAUGAGGUAAAGUUCCAUGCUCCCAGAAAAAUUCCUGUCAAAAUAACAUAAAAAUCAUCAAAGCUGGCUACCUUGGCAAACAAAACCGGAUGAAAAGAGUCAUGAACAUCAUAAACAAAGACUUCACCGACAAAUGCAGCAUGAUGGCCAAAAAGCAUAAAUUCCACCAAAACCUGCCUCACAAGCCCAAACCCGCCCCUUCUCGUCUCUUCAAGCAGCCAAACAUAAAGCACAUAUUGAGCAAAGUAAAGAAUCGGCACACAAAUUUACCUGCAAAGGGGUCUUCAGCUACUAUUGUGGACUCGAUUGACCAGAACAGGCUGGUGAUUAAGGCUAAUGCCACAGUGAAACUUGUUUAGGAGUUAUGUUACUAUUCAUUCCUAAU